AUGUUUUCGUCGCUGGGACACAUGGUGCUGUUCGUCGCCGGGACUCUGGCCGAGUUGCAAGUCCAUGAUGCGGCUACCUUUCAACCCGACUACGUGCUGCAGGCGAGCCUCGUUCCCCUCGAGGUAAACUGCAACACGAGACCUUCCGUCGCAUUGAACGGUACCAGCCCGGGUCCGACUCUCUUCCUAACCGAGGGAAAGACGACCUGGAUUCGAGUCUACAAUGGGAUCCCAGACCAAAAUCUGACCGUUCACUGGCAUGGUCUCAGCCAAAGAACGGCACCAUUCUCUGACGGGACACCCUUUGUCACUCAGUGGCCCAUUCCGCCGAACCACUUCUUCGACUACGAGAUUAACCCAGAGCACGGUGAUGCUGGGACAUACUUUUAUCACUCGCACGUCGGGUUUCAACAAGUCACGGCUCACGGCGCUUUGAUCGUGCGAGACGCCCUGGAGCCAGCUUACAACUACGACGAGGAUUUGGUCAUGACGGUGGCCGACUACUAUGCAAAGGACGACGAGACCAUUGUGUCUGGUCUUCGCGCCGAUCCUUUCGUGUGGUCCGGUGAACCAGAAGCAAUCUCCAUCCAAGGUCACACGGGCACCGCCAAUUUCGACAGAGACCCAUCUUGUACGCCGUACAUCAUCGAUGUUGAGCCCGGAAAGACCUAUCGUCUUCGCGUUAUAGGAGCUACGGUCCUCUCCCUUGUCAAGAUUGGCAUCGAACAUCACCCGAGCCUGGAAGUGAUAGAAGCAGACGGCGCCUACACACAACCCGUCGUCGUGGAUCACAUCCAGGUUGCAUCUGGCCAGCGAUUUAGCUAUUUGCUGCGCACAUUAUCACGCCAUGACAUUCGCAAAGCGAAAAAGACGCAGUUUUGGAUUCGAUACGAAAGCCGCGAUCGACCCAAAGAAGUCUCGGGCUUUGCUUUGCUACGCUAUCGCAUGUCCAAAUGUCCUCCGCCAAAGAAGAGCUUGCCACUUUCGUUGCCGCCUACCUCGCCCGUCACCCUACCACGUCGAACAAGCGACUAUCUGGAAUAUCAGCUCCAACCCAGGCCGGGACCGUCAGCAUCCGAGUUCCCUCGGCUUUCCGAGGUGACGAGGACGGUCCGCAUCCAAGUCAACCAGAAGUUGACGACUGGCCGUUUCAGGGACGGUAAGCUCGAUGGAAGCCUAGUGUGGGAACAGAAUGGCUUGUCGUGGAAAGAAAAUGCGCAAGCUUCGACCAACGCGAUGCCCUACCUUAUCCAAGAGUAUCGGGGCGGCCACGCCACAAACUACACGCGCGCAUUGGCGCACGGUGGCUUUGAUCCCGUCACCAAAGUAUUUCCGGCAAAGGUUGGCGAAGUCGUGGACAUUGUGUGGGAAAACAACGGGGGAGUCACGGGUAAUUUUGACUUCCACCCGAUGCAUCUGCAUGGACAGCAUGCCUAUGACCUGGGCUCUGGACCGGGGACCUACAACGCUGUCGAGAACGAAAAGCGCUUCCUCUCCUUUACACCAGCUCCGCGUGACACCACCGUCCUGUACAGAUAUGGGGACAAGGGUCUCCCUCACACGACUUCGGGCUGGAGGGCAUGGAGGAUUCCGAUAACACCAAGGAACAUUGGGGUGUGGAUGAUGCAUUGCCAUAUUGCCCAACACGCAAUCAUGGGCAUGAACACCGUCUGGGCAUUCGGGGACAGGGCUUCCAUUUUGAACAAGUUCCCUGCUCCGCCGUUCUCGGCAGGUUACCUUGACUUUGGAGGCAGCGCCUAUGGCAACAAGACCUGGGACCCCUUGGUAAACCACUAUUUCGCCGCAGAUAACUCUUUGCCUUCCAGGACUUAG